UGAACAGCGAACGCGCACGGUCGGCAGGACACGGCGAAUCAUAUCAUAUCUCUCUCUCGUCGUCGUCGUCGACAGUGUUUUGCCGUCUUGUUCGUCCUCGUCGCCGCGCGACCGCGAUCGUGCAAAGUCCGGCACACCGCAUCGCGUACUCGAUUUCUCAUCGCGUUCCGGUCAACGCGCGCCACUUCGCCAGUCUUGUCGGCGCCGUACAUAAUUACAACGACUUAACAUAUACGAAUAUUAUAUACUCGCACAAACCCGUACACACACGCGCGCACCGCACACACACACACAAACCGCCCGCACAGCGUACCAAUGGUUUUCACGUCAGUUUUUUGUGCCAUUUCUUUGAUGAUCGUAUGGUCUUCAGUCACCGGACGGAUAUCGGUAGCCGGCAUUGAUCCUCUGAGUGAAUUAGACUGCACUAGAAAACUGUAUACGUUCCAAGUGUCUAACACCGACGUCAAUGGAAGGGUGUGUUCCGACGAGAUUCAAGUGAUGUCUUGCUGGGGCAGAUGCGAUUCCAACGAGGUGUCGGACUGGCGGUUCCCGUACAAACGUUCGCACCACCCGGUGUGCAUACACGGUGGUCGGGAGCUAACCCAGUUCGUGCUGAGGGACUGCGACGAUGGCGCGGAACCGGGCACGGAGCUGUACGUUUUCCCGCAAGCGACGUCGUGCAAGUGUCACGCGUGCAAGUCUUCGGAAGCGUCCUGCGAGGGCUACCGGUACAGAGAUUUCCAAUUCAUGUCGGCCAACGACGUUAUUUAAAUAAUCGCGACACACACACGUUAUUAUGAUUAUUAUGAUUAUUAUUAUUAUUAUAAUUAUUAUAAUUAUUAUUAUUAUUAUAAUUAUUAUAAUUAUUAUUAUUAUUAUUAUAACGCCGUGCAACCAUCAUCGCCCUUUACAUCAUCAUUUUUAUUUUGCUCAUUCCUGCAACUACGUACUCAGUAAUAGUUAAUCGUCCGGUUCCAUCAGAAAACUUGCAAGUGGAAUUGGUAAAUUUCGAUUGUUGGAAAGAAUAUUCGUCAAGGACUCGUAAUCAUAAUAUUCGCAUCGUCCGCACGUGUUCCACUCGACUCGAAACCGGUUGAUUAUAUUUCCUCGUUUUAAUUAAUAUUUCUAUACACAUUAUAGAUACCUGUUAUAAUAAUACUAUCGUACACUGUUCCUUAUUUUCUUUUUGUCAUUGUUAUCAACCAUUUCAGCGAAUUAAAAAAUUCCGUCUUAAUAUAAUUAUUGUAAUAUAUUAUUUAUGUAAUAUUAAUCAUAAUAAUAUGUAUCGUACAACGAAAUAUUCUGUUUACGUGUAUGUAACACGAAUAACAAUAA